CCCGGAGCCUCGGAGAGUGAAGCGGAUGGGGUCCCCGUCCCCCGCCGCCUCCUGAUCCGGACCCCCCCCCCCGACCCGGCACCACGGCCUCCCCGCGGGCAUGGCGGGCAUGGCGGGCAUGGCGGGCAUGGCGGUCCCGGGCCGCAAGCGCAAGGCCAACUUCUCCAACGACGAGACGGAGACGCUGGUGUGGAACGUGGUGCGGCACUUCGGGGCCCUGUACGGGGCGGACGCCCUGCGCACCCACGCCGCCCGCCGCAACCAGCUCUGGGCCCAGAUCCAGAGCCGCGUCAACUUCCUGGGCUACACCGAGCGCUCCGUGGAGGACCUCAAGCACAAGUGGCGGGACCUGCGCCUCGACGUCAAGCGCAAGCUCUCGUCCAGGAAGGGGGGCCCCGGCGGCUCCGGGCCCCUCAAGGCCCGCCUCACGCCGCUCGAGAAGAUGGUCGCCUCCACCUUCACCCAGGCCAGCAGCGAGGCUGAGCAGGAGGCUGGCUUCGACCCAGAUUCCUUCUUCCCCGGAGCCUCCAAGCAGUUGCUGAUGCCGCUCCAACCCAGCAUCUUCAUCAACACCAACGGGCAGCCCUCCUCGCUGCCCGACGUGGAGGGCGGCCCCGGCCCCCGGCCCGCCGGCCGCAGCCCGGACCCCUCGGGCCACCGCGAGGUCGCCCGGGGAGAGGGGCAGAGCUCAGGAGAGCCGAGACCCCAGCCGCCCACGUCCCCGCCCCUGCGCAACGGCACGGGGGGUCCCUACGGCUCCGCGGAGGAAGAGGAGGCGGACGCGCGCCCCCUCCCCGCCCGGGCCCCGGGUCCCGGCCCGGACCCCCCCAAGGAGGAGGAGGAGGACGAGGACGAGGAGGAGCGGGAAGAGGACGAGGACGAAGAGCGGCACGGCUCGCGGACCUCCCUCCCGUCCACGCCCGAGGACGGCCCCGACUGGACCCCCGGCCCGGCCGCCGGCGCGGACCACUCCCCCGGUCCCGGGCCGGCCCCGGCCCAGCCGGCGGACGGCGGCGGCUGGGAGAAGGAGCCGGGCCCGCGUUCCCCGGCGGCGGCCUCCCCGGGGGCCGAGCCUCCCCGGACUAACUGGCACCGGCUGCUGGACCUGGAGGAGCAGUGGGACCAGCUGUACCAGCAGGAGCUGGGCGUGUGGCAGGAGGAGCGGGCGCAGCAGCGCGAGGAACGGGCCCGAGACCGCGAGCUGCAGGCCCGGCUCCUGGGCGUCCUCACGGACAUCCGCGACGAGCUGCGCUAUCUGCGGCAGGAGCGCGCCUUCGCCCGCCGCGCCCAGGCCGCCGCCGCCGCCGGCCCCCAGCCCCCCGCGGCCCAGGACGGCGCCCCGUUCUCGGGCACCUCCCCGCACCCGGGCUCCUUCUUCUUCCAGCCCGGCUCGGGCCGGGGGGAGCCCGCGGGGCUGGGCAGGGGCGGACCGGGGGUCCCGAGGAGGGGCCGGGGGCGGCCCCGGGGCUCCACCUCCAAACACAGACGUCUCUACCUGGCCAACAGCUAG